CCGUCUCCCGCUCUCAUUGGCCGGCCGUCGCCCCGCGCUUUCCUUUACGACGGAUGACGGUCAUCGCGCGACCACCGUCUCGGUCGUCCGGCCACCAGUUGAGGCCAUCAAUUUACCCGUGUGGCCGGUCCCUCGUUCUCCAGAACCUCGAGUCGCUCCGGAGGACACCUAUACGUGCGGCCACCCGUUUAUACUCGAACGGUUGGCCGCCAUCGGUUGGUCACACUGUCCGCUCUUAUCAGCCAUGACGGUCGAGAGCUGCUGAUAACGCUCCGCGUCAGCUGCAGCUGCUAUAUAUGUAGCUGCUAGCUAGCGACCCGUACGACGGCCGCGGAAGACGGAAAUACGGAAUUCUCGACUGACCGAAUUACGGCGAGAGACCCGAUUCGAUCGUACGGUCAAUACUGUUAAUAAUAUUGUAAUUCUAUCGCUCUUCUGUUUUGGCCCGUCGUCUGUCCAAAUUUUUUCAAUCCGUCCUUACAAUCAUGUACAAGCUGAAUCCGGUGUUCCGUGUUCCUCUGGUGAUUGAGAAUACAUGCCGCAUGUACAAGCUCAAAGACUUACAACAGAUGUCAUUCGCCGAGGUACCAAAGAACGACAAGUCCGACAAGUUGCUGGACGAUCUAGAUGAAAUUCAAUUAUCCGAUCAAGAAAUUCAAGUACUCUUAGAGAAACAAAAUGAAAUUCUCAAAACGUUAGAACAACUUGAGCUUCGAUUAAAUAAAUUAGAUGUUAAAUUCCCUGAUAUAAAGGGAAGUGAACCCGUUACAGAAAAUCAAGAAUCUACUCAGUGUAAUGUUCAUAAAAAACAUGAAAGCAGUCCCAAGUCUGUCAUUAAUAAUGACAUAGAAAAUCUGAUAAAAAAUGAUACUGUAGUGUUUGCUGAUCCAGAAGAUCCACCUUAUUCUUUAUUGGCUUUACCGAUAUUAUGGCCAAAAAUUGCAUGGGAUAUUUCUUAUCAUGUGCAUUCAUCUAUAUCAAAAGAUUUGAAAACAUUAGGAACAAUUAAAGCAUUCAAAAAUGUGACUAGUAAAAACUCGAAGAGCAUUGUUAAAGUCUUUGUAAUAUGGAAACACGUUAAGCCUAGCCCUAAAGUGGUCAGAUCUCCAACAGAUUCGUCUAUCGGUGAAGUAUCAUUGAUACAGUCAUUUAAUCAAUAUCUACCACUGACUGCUGCUGAUCAAAUAAAAUCUAACAAGACUUUAGAUUUAAUAAAUGAAAUUGAGUAUUCAGCAAAUGAUCGGACUACAGAACUAUACCAUCUAAUCACGGAUUCAAAUACAAAAUUGGACAUUACAAAUAUAGCUAUAUGGUCUUUGUUGUACAAAAAAAGUGGACACCCACCAAAGAUAGAAAAAUGGCUAUCACAUUUUACAAAAAUUAUAAUUGUAUAAGAAAUUGUUUAUAAAAAAAUAAAAUAUUUAUGUACUUAAACA